CUCCAAUUGUCCACGUGGACCAGACCGAUAACUGGAGCCGGUCUGACUGCCUCUUGCUGACAGGGCGGCAGGGAAGGGGUUAAGUGUGGUGGGCAGAGGAGCGUGGUGCUGGUGGGGUCCUGUCUUUGACGGAGCGGAGGAUGUCUGCUGCUUUGACCGGCUCUGCCUUUGACUCGGGUUUGCUGCAGCUUCUCUGGGUAUCGGGGCUGGUGUCUGUCACUCUCACCCUCUGGGUGAUCUUCCUCUUCUGUGGCCUGGCCAAGUCUCACCAGGAACACCUCUGGAUUAGCACCUGGACAGGGUCAGUGGUGAAAAGAGCGAAGAGCAAGAGGGAAUCUGAGAAGCGGAACAAGCGGACUGAAGUCAAGAGGCAGGUGGUCAGUGAGGUGAAGGUUCACAUAGCGAGUGACGCAGCAGCAGCAGACCGAGCCUGUAAUCAGCCCAAGCGAAGCAGGAAAAGGAAGAGCGGGAAGAUUUCCUGCUGCCAGGCUCCCACAGCUCAACUGGUCGGCAGCACCAAGAUGGAGCAGAACCAGUACAUGAGGCGGGAACGGGUGCCCGGAGACACACUGCCCUGGAACCGGCCGAGAUCGGUGGAGAGCGGCAGGGUGAUGGAGCCACCCGAGCGGGCCGUGCUCAGGAUAGCAGAUGAGCGGGACCGGGUCCAGAAGAAAACAUUCACCAAAUGGGUGAACAAACACCUAUUGAAGGUGAGUCAUGGAUGGGGGUGGGAUAGAGGGGAGAGAGACAGACACCAGGGUGAGGGAGUAGUGAGGGUGGGGAGCAACUCGCCGGAUCAGGCCGAGAUGACAGAGGAAUGA